AUGGACACUGCCGGGUACAGCCAGUGGGGUGGCGAGCUGGAGGAGGUCCCCGGAGGGCCCUGCGGACGCUGGGGAAGGCGGUUCCCCUUCCUGGCCCUGGCUCUCGUGGUCACGGCACUCCUGUGGGCCUUCAUCCUGAGCAUCCUACUGUCCAAGGGGAAGGUUUGUGAGCAUCUUGGAGCUGUCAGCACGAAUGUGUGUGAACGGCCGUGUGUGCUUGUGUCUGCUCAGCUCGUGGGCACAUCAUGUGCCCUGUCCCCCUGCCCGCCCCCUGUGUGCGUCCCAAGACUGCACUUGCCACACUUCUCGGGCCAGGGGGCAGUUCCCUGGUCCCGGAGGCCGCGCCUGCAGGAGCCUCUCUCCACAGCCUCCACGCAGCAGGAGGAGUUGCAGAGGCACCAGGACCAGCUGAGAGCAAAUGCCUCGGGGCAGAAGGUGAUGCUGGGUGCCUUGAAGGAAGAGUUCCGAGCCUGCAAUAGCUGCUGCCAGGCCGCGCAGGCGCAGCUGAAGACCGCACGUGCGGAGCUUGAAGAGGCACAGCUGAAGCUGAUCUGGCAGCAGAGCGCCCUGAAAGAACUGAGCGAGCGCGUGACCCAGAGCUUGGCUGAAGCGGGAAGGGACCGCGAGAACAUCCGCAGCGAGCUGUUCCGGGAGUUGGAGGCUGUGCGAGCUGGGAACAAGUCCUGUGAGCAGUGCCCCACGUCGUGGCUGCGCUUUCAGGGUUCCUGCUACUUUUUCUCAGUGGUGCGAGCUGGAUGGGAAGAGGCGCGACGCAAUUGCACAGGUGCCAGUGCGCACCUGGUGAUUGUGGGCAACCUGGAGGAGCAGGGCUUCCUGAGUCGAAAUACAAAAGGCCGUGGUUAUUGGCUGGGCCUCAGGGCCAUGCGUCGCGCAAGCAAGGUCCAUAGCUAUCAGUGGGUAGAUGGAGUCUCACUCAGCUUCAGCCACUGGAACCGAGGUGAGCCCAAUGACUCCCUGGGACUUGAGGACUGCGUCAUGAUGCUGCAUACUGGGUUAUGGAAUGACGCCCCCUGUGACAGUGAGAAGGACAGCUGGAUCUGCGAGAAGAGGCUCAGCUGCUGAGCCCACUCAGUCCCCUGAGCCAGGCCACCUGCCACCUGUGCCAUCUCUACAGCUGCUGGCCCUCCUGGCUCUUCCCAGCACCAUCUAGUGUGUGUGUGUCUUCUCUCCUGCCCACGGCUAUUGUGGAGAAACAGCCCCACUCACUUGGGUCCAGUGCCUGUGGUCUGGGA